AUGGCCGAGGCCGCGGAAGGAGCCAUCCCUGGGGUCGUUCCGCCCGGAAGCCCAACGGAUGCGACAACCGCGGAGAGUGCAGGAAACAAAUUUCAACAUGCAAUCUUGGCGUGGAGGAGCGUCGACUUGACGACCUUGACUUCGAGCUUGGACAGCACGGCGUCUGAGAUUGUGACAUAUCAACGUGACUCGACCAUACAACGCAAGGAGCUGGCGCAGAAAACGAAAGAAUUUCGAAAACUGGAUGAUGCGAGCAAGUUGACUGAGAUGAAGGGGCUUUUGAAAGCUUAUCAAAACUUUAUUGAUCUCUUGACAAAUCACUCCAAGUCGGUCAAUUCCGCCUUUUUGCGGGCGUACACGUCCCUAUCCGAAGCACCGGACCCUUACCCGCUCCUCGAGGCGUCGGUAGACUCCAUGCUAGUGGCUGAGGAGACGGUGCCGCAACUUGGCGAAGAAAACAAGAAUCUGCAACAAAAUGUGUCCAUGUUGACGUCGCAGCUGGAGGAGGCCGAAUCAAUGCUCCAGUCGGAGCAGGUGGCUAGAAAAGAAGUCGAGGAUGCUUUUGAAACUCGGGUGAAAGAGGCAGAAUCGUCUUGGAGUGCAGUCAUGGACGAGAAGAAAGACAACUGGGAAGCGAAGGAAAGGAGCUUGAUGGAGAAGUUGGAGAACCAGGAACGACUCUUGAACGAGAUGCGCGCAAGUUACGAAGUCAACCAGCGACUGGGCAAAACGGGCGAAAACCAAGAUGGCCAUGGAAGCAAAGCAUCAAGCGCCGAGCUCGACAUGCUUCACUCAGACAUUGAGCGAACCAGCUCCAGACUAGCCGAGGUGGAAGCGCGCAAUGAGCGACUGAGGCUGGAGCUGGCGCAAGCCAAAUCGACCGUUUCGUCACAGCCCGAAAAAUCGCUCGAGGAUGAUCCCGGUUACAUGCGCGUGAGGGCGGAAAACUCAUCCUUGAUCAGGAAAUUGAACGCGUCCAGGAUGGAAAAAGAGAGCAUGAAACGCGACAUGGACUCGCGGCUGCGAGGGAUGAAGCGCGAAACGGUGCAUCUACAAGAAGAAAAGGAAGCACUCAAGGCAAAAGUACAAAAAUGGAAUGAUUACGAAGACAUCAGGCAGGAGCUGGAGGUGCUCAAGAGCAUCGAAUUCUCUACAGGGGACGACGACGACACCCGGGAAAGAACCGACGCCGGCAAGGAUGGAGGAGAUUCGCUGGAAAAGCUGCUGCUGUCACGGAAUAAAAAGCUCGGGGACGAGCUCACCAUCCUUCGCGUCUCUCACCAAGAUCUCCAGCAGCGGCUUGAGGAGAUGCAGGAGGAGUUUUCGAAGACGAAUGCCGAGCUGGAAAAGUCACGGGUCCUCAAUCAACAAUUGGAGGAAGACUUGGAGAAUAUCCACGCCGAGGGAGCCAAUGCUUUCCCGUCCGGAGCGUCGAUAUCAGGCACAUACGUCAGCAGAGCGCCGCAAACAACCAGAAAGGGAGGGAGGCUAUCUCCGACUUCGUCCAUCAUCAGCGGCCUGGAUGGGCGUGGCGGAUCAGGAGAGCGGGAGCCGGUAGGAGGAGGCUCAGGCAUCCUGCCGAUGGUGACGGCCCAAAGGGAUCGGUUUAGAAAGCGAAACAUUGAGCUUGAGCAGGAACUGUCCGGGAGUCACCGAACCGUGCAGCAGCUGCGUCAAGAAGUGGCCGCUUUGCAGAAGGACAACCUCAACCUGUACGAGAAGACGAGAUAUGUGUCAACGUACAACCGCGGCGGCGCCGCCAAGGCAACGUCCUCGUCUGCGUACUCGCCGAACCCGAAUCCGUCCAGCGUCUCCUUGGGGCCGACUGGGAACCCCGGAAUUGCCAUGGAUAGGUACCGCCAAGCGUACGAGUCCAAGAUCUCGCCUUUUGCGGCAUUUCGCGGGCGCGAGUCGGCUAGGGCAUAUCACAGGAUGAGCCUGCCCGAGAGGGCCAUCUACUCCAUCACGCGCAUGGUUCUGGCAUCCCGCACGAGCCGAAAUUUAUUUGCAGCAUAUUGCGUGGCGCUUCACCUGCUCGUCUUUCUUGCCCUGUACUGGCUAGGUACCGCGGAUGCUGAGAAGUAUGCGAGGGGCUUGGACUCUGCUCUAGCCACAGCUGCCGUGCCGGGUUCAGGGCUGGCCGCCGGAGGCACCAAGUCGAACGGGAAGCAAGACGGCUUUGCUGGACACUAG